GAAGGGGGGGGCUUUCCCUCACCAAGAUGGCGGCUGUCGCGCUGCGGGGCCUGUGACGGGGGGCGGCGGGACGCAGGCCUGGGUGGACCGGGGAUGAUUCCCCAGUUGAUGCGCGUUUCUCUGGCCUUGUGUCGCAGGAGCUUCGGGCAGCGGUUUGCAUCCACACUGUUUGAUGAAAGUGGUCUUCCAGCCAAUCUUUGUGUCCCAGCAAACUUAAUCAAGAUACCACAAAGAGGAGGACCACCUCCAGUUAUAUCUGGGCUGCCCGUUUUGCGGCAGUGUGAGAUCACUAUUCCUUCACAUCUGCAGCCCAGGAAGGCCUGGCUGCAGUCUCUACGUGGUCACAGCGAAGACCAGUUAGGCGUUGUUGAUCUGCAUCCUGAUGUCUUUGCAGUAACUCCAAGAAUUGAUAUUCUACAUGAGGUUACAACGUGGCAGAAAAACUUCAAAAGGAUAAGCUAUGCUAAGGUGAAGACACGAGCUGAAGUGCGAGGUGGAGGCAGGAAACCAUGGAAACAGAAAGGAAGUGGCAGAGCACGUCAGGGAAGCAUCCGGUCCCCGCUCUGGAGGGGAGGUGGCAUAGCCCAUGGGCCUCGAGGGCCAACCAGUUACUAUUACAUGUUACCCAUGAAAGUGCGUGUACUGGGUCUGAAAGUGGCUCUCACCAUGAAGUUUGCUCAGGAUGACCUUCACAUUAUUGAUUCUUUGGAGAUGCCCACCCCAGAUCCUCAGUAUCUUGUUGACUUGAUACAAUAUAGAUGCUGGGGUAAUUCCGUUCUUAUUGUAGAUGUUAAGGAAGACAUGCCAGAAAAUAUUUUAGCAGCCACCCAAUAUUCCAAAACCAUAAAUCUGAUGCCCGCUAUAGGAUUGAAUGUUUACAGUAUGCUGAAACAUGAGACCUUGGUUCUUACGUUGGAUGCAGUCAGUUUCCUCGAGAAGAAGCUUCUAUGGCAUGAUACCAGAUACUCUCCCCUCUAUCCAUUCAAACUUCCUUACAGUGACUUUCCUUAAAACAUGAGGAAUUGUGCUUGGCAGAAUUAUAACGUGGAAAUAAGAUCAUUUCUAAUUUCAAUAAAAUCAAUGACUUCAUUAUUUAA